AUGGAUAAUUUUACUGAAUCUGGAAAUGUAUCCGAAAAUCUCAACGAUUCUCUAUCAGAAUACGAAACAGUUUCUCAGCUGGCUAGCAAGAUACAAAGGUACUAUUUAUGGGUAAUAUUUGCCGUGGGUGUUCCUGGAAACAUAGCUACGUUAAUUACCGUUUUAAAGAUGAAGCCUCUUACAUCAUUAACCGCUUACGUAGCCGUUCUCUCCGUAGUUGACCUCUUAGCUAUUUUUGUAAAACUUUCACUCCUAGCUUUCCAAGUGAACUCUGUGGAUAUUCUUAAUGGUGGUUGUAAAUUUAUGAUUUUUCUGGGCAAUUUGCUAGUGUGCUUUGCCAGUUGGAUAUUAGUAGCCAUGGCAGUGGAAAGUGUUCGACGAUUCCGCGUCAAGGCCAUGAAAUGGUUAACGUGUAGAGCAUAUCACGAGAAUGAUAAAGGUGUUAAUUUAGUCAUUAUGCGGCCAUCUUUGAGACAUCGUUGGUCGGGAAACACUGACAGUACCACUCGAUCUGUGAGCGCUAGUACUUAA